CGCUGGUGACUCAGUGGAGUUGCAAAGCAAUUUUAAGCAAUUUAGAUUCUUAAAGAAAUUUAGUCAGCGUCUGGAAUCAUAUACAAACACACAACGACUAACUUACAGAGAUGUCAGAUCCGACUAACUGGUUGCAUAGCACCAAGAAACUUUGUCAGGUCGUGAUUGAAAAGAGUGAGCAACGAAUUGCAAUGCCGCUUAAAGAGGAAGUGACUGCAACUUAUCCUGAACUCCACGAGCUGAUGGAAUCUGUCCAACUGCAUAACCUGAAAGAAGAUGAUAUAAUUUUAAUCAAAGGGUUACAACAACAUUCUGAGGCAACAACAGAUGGUUUGCAGAAUUCAACAGAAGGAGUAAUGUGCCUGUCGCCGUCACCCAGCUACAACAGUAGUUCUGUAUUUUGCAGCCUCCGAAAAUAUUCAUUGGGAUUCCAGCAUGCGAUCUAUGCAAUUACUGAAAAUUUUACUGAUACCGUCGAUCAGAGCACAGAGCACAUUUUCACUAGGGAGACUUGUUUUCCUGAUGCUGAUCCUCAAAGAAUAAAAGUGCCCACUGUUGAUGACAAUACAUACCAUCAUCAUAGCCCUUUUCCUGAAGUUGAUAAUCCACACCUGCCCGCUACUGAUCUUCCAAUAUCAGAGCAGUUGUAUCAUCAGAUGUCAGUUUCUCAAAGGAUUUCUAGUCCUGUACAUUCUUCAGUAUGCAGUCUUGCAGAGGACAUCCAGUUGCCAACUAUAAUAACAGGCACUAUUGUGGGAAAUCCUGAUGUUCCAUUGGCCAACGAAUCUCAGUUCUUUGAGGAACUUUCCAAUUAUGCAGAAGCUAUGUCAACUGAAAUACUCAGCACAGUAAUUACUGCUAGUUCUGAAGAAAACACUUCCACAGUGAAGCAGCCGAAGGCUUGGGAACCCAUUGAAGGCCACAUUUCAUCAGAAGCGUUUUCACAUGAUACUAUUCAGCAUUCCCAUUUACAUCAAACUUUUACAGGUAUUGAUGAAUGUCCCAAAUCAUCUCAAGAUGGUUUAAGUACAAGCAGAGAAGAAGGACCUGAGGAGAGUUCUGGCCUAUCAAAAGGUGGGACAGUAGAAGUUCUUCACUAUGGCCUUGCCCAUCUGGCAAAUAGGGAGGCUUCCAGUGCUUUUCAUAAAUGCUUUCAGGAAGUUGAGAGUCAAAUGGAAGGGAGCUUCGCUGAUGAUAUUUCAAAAUCAAUAAAUGCAGAUUCCUCAGGAGAAGCAAAAGUUGCAAUACUUCCUGUUGUAGAAAAUUAUGCAUUGAGAUUGACCCAUGAUGUAAUUUCUGACAGCACCAGAGAAGCUAGCUUAGAAAGGAUGAUGACACAAAAUAGACGACAGCAAGGAGAAAGUUUGAACUCACACCUCGCUUAUAUUGGAUCAGAUGAAAAUAACGACCUUUCGGAUAUGUCACAAUCUGACAUUCUUACACACGAAAUUAACCAUCAAACAAGCAACGAGGUCAGUUCGUCAUGUGCUGGACCAUUGGUUCAAGGUGAUGAACAAGUUGAAACUUUAACCCAAGUACCACAACGAUGUUUGGAUGGUUCUUCUCCAGACAGGGAAAGGCAUUUCUCAAUGAUAAACAAAGAAACAGCUGAUGAUUGUGAUUAUGAAAAACAAAUGUUCAAUACACUUGGACUCACCAAGAAGGGUUCACUGGAUUAUCCUGAUGCACCUCCACCUACACCACUGAGGCCACAGCUGAGCAGCAGUCAAAGGAGUUUUACUAGAAAGCUCAAGGGAGGUUUGGCAAAAGAGUUCCUUCCUUCACCACCUCCACCAACCCCAAAGGAAAACAUCAAUUUCUGUUUGUCUGAAGAGGACCGAGAAACUGAGGAAAAGACAGAAUUUAUGAGAAAGCUAAUCCGAUCGUUGUCUCAAGAGUUCAACGGAAAAGACACUACUGGAAUUUCCGAGGCACCUGAAGAGGACAGUUUGGAACUCCUAUCUCCAGCUCCAAAAAGUGAACCAGUAGGGAAUUCCUGCAGAGGUGGAGAAACUGUACAAGACUAUUUUAAACAUUUGAUGUCAGGUAUUGUUUUUUCUUCUGCACAAGUAAUUUGUGGCAUUAUGGGUGAAAGUAUUGAUCUUAAAGCACCCAAACAUCAGCGCUGUGAUAGUGUUACAUGCAGUGAUGAAUACCAACCAAAUAUCCAGACAUCAAAGGAACCAAACCAACUUUCUUCUGAUCCAGUUAUUCCAGAAACAGAAAAGAAUUCAACUAAACUCAUUGAGAAUAAACACCGAGACAAUUUUCGGGUAAGGAUGGAAAGCCUCUUAGAGGACUAUGCUGAUAUGUUAGCACAGAAAAUUAUCAAUGUGGUCAUUAACUUUCUGAACCAAAUUGACCUACUUGACCAUGGAGAACAAAACAUGAAUGGAAAAAGCGAAAUGACUUUUGAAGAUGGAAAUAUAGAUUGUAGGCAUUCAUGUCACAUUAAGCAGAUAAAUUCCAUGUCAGAGGAGUGGGUAAAAGGAAUAAUACAAUCUGCCCUUCAAGUAUUUCAUACUCAAUAUCGUUUACAACAGGACAGCUGUACCGACCCUGAGAUUUUACAUUCAUCAGAACAGUUGCAGAACAUAGAUUCAGCAGGCAGAAGCAUUGACAUUGAGGGCAGGACAGAAGAACCCCAUAUCAGAAUGUCAUUGGAAACAACUAAAUCUGAAGUAAGCAGUGAGGAUGAGGUUCUGUGCAGUCAUCUUGCUUUUACUGAGGCGCAAAGUCCAGUUACGCAAGGCUUAGGAUGUGGAAUUGGUAUUGGGACCAGACCAAGCCCCGAUGAAGGAACAAGUGAUAGCAAUAACAAUUACAGUCAGUCCCUAUACCAUCAGGCACAGGUAGACGUGAUAACUGAAGAUCUCACUGGAAAGAACCAAAGUUGCUUUGUUCAAGCAGAAACAAAAAUGAGCUUAUUUGAACAAAAGGAGGAAAGUUUACGUCAGCAUAAAAAUGAGGAUGAAUAUUUAACCUUUCAUUCAGAGGCCAUUAUUGAAGAUAAAGAAACAUCUUCCACCUUAGAGUUAUCCAAAGUCUUACUGAAGGACCCAGACCACAAACCAAUAAACGAAGCAUAUGCUGAAAACUUGGCAGCAACAAUACUUGAAUCCUCCUUGGCCGAUGCAUAUAAACAUUCUGGUACUGGACUGGUUACAGACGAGAUGCCAAUGUGUUCUCCAAACACUCAACAGUACAGAAAAUCUACUUCUGUUUCUAACAGCCCAGAUGAACAAUGCCCAGAGCUCCAACAAAAAAGAAGAACAAAAGAAUCAUUGAAGGAUCAAGAACCUGGUGUUCCCAUAAUAGAAAACACGAAAUCACAAAUCUUACAUGUAGUUGAAUAUACAGAUAUGACAUCGUCAAAGCAAGCACAGGAGGAUCUGAAUCAGUCUACUGUCAUGGAACAUUGCCAUGCUGAAGAACAGGAAAGUUGUGAGGAAAAGAGGAACUCUACUUUCCUUGCUCCAAUAAGGGCAAUUGAAGUCUCGUUGGUGAAUUUUCAGUCUGUUGCUGUUGAUGCACAGGUGCAAGCAAUGCUGCAGUGGGCUGCAGCAUCUCAGCUUAGCAUCACCAAAAUUCGUAUAAGGACUUCACGUGAUGACUUCGUACAGUUCCCGACACUGUUGGCACUAGCUGAAGCUGAGGAAUGGACAGUCGGAAGGCUUCUUCAUUCAGUGCUCAUGUUUUAUGAAAGAAGCCAGACAGCUGCCAGCCUAACACUCUUUGACUGUCUGCUUGAACACCUGGAUAGCCCUCAGACUCCUAGUAAGCAGCACAUGUCCCCUAGCUAAGGUCUUGGUUUUUACCCAGAAUGUUCUUGAAGAAAUGACUCACAGUCAAACUUUCAUCAUCUUACUACCAGGUUAACAUCCCAAGACAGAGAUGAACAGAAUGAACUGAGUUUGGAAGAAAUAAAGAAUGGAUUCCAUUUUGAAAGUUUGCUCUGAUCUGCUCACAAUUCUUAGACUAGUUUUGUGUCAUACUAAAAAAAAUCAAGUGCUGCAUUUUUAAAGUGGUUAAAAUUGAAUGGUCGCAAUCAUUGUCUUGGGGUAGACUUCUUUUACCUUUCUCAUGUGUGAUGUUUCCAAGCUGCUCUUCCCACAGCAACCCUUCCCACAUCUCCCAAACUGGAUGUCAAUGGAUGGCCAGCACCCAUUAAUGGUGAUGUGCAGUGAUAUGUCUGGGGUUGUCGCUGCACAUUCAUCAAGGCGCAUGGUGAAUGUUAUAAGACUCUGCAAGCUCUUUUUAACGUUGGUAUCUGCAGCUAUGAUGCUAACACACUGACUUUAGUCACCUCAUAAAAAGUAUGUGUAUUCACUGCAGAACUUAAGACUUUUGGUGGAAGCUGUUGGUGCUGCAUUGGAAGCAGAGACAUUGCAACAUCACUAGAUCUACUUUAGUGGCAGCCACCACUUCAUUGUUAGGAAGAAUAGGGUCAAAACUCUGCAUAAAACCCUGUUUCAAGCUGUUGCUGAACUCCAUGCUCCUUAAUAUUGAAUGGAGAUUUCCCAAUGCACCAAACAAUUUAUUGUAUAUGUCAGACCUCUUCCACGGCACACUUGUUAUCAAAGUCCUCUGCUGCAAAACAUACAUGUGAAUUCACCCUCUUGGCCAGUUCGAACCAGCACUGUCCUUGUUCCCUAACCUGGCUGCAGGCCAUUUGCAGUCAGUGUCUCACCAUGUGGGCCAGCAUUUUUAGAAUGGCGAUGCUUUACAACUCAACACCUGAAGACUCAAAGAGGAACACACCCCUGUCUUGACUGGUUAUCCUGUAACAUUUAUGGAUAGUCCAGCAUCACCAGAAGCUGCAGUGGACAUGAUUAAGAGUACAGGCAGUCCCCAGACCAGAUAACUAUGAGAGCCUCAGGAAGGGAAAGGUGAGCCUAGAGUGGACGGUGGGGUACAGUGAAGGUGGGCAGACUAGAGACCCCUGGUGGGGCAAAGAAUCUAAACAAUUGUCUGGAAUGGUUUGUGGGUAACCAAUAUUGUAUGGAGAUGGUUUCCCUACCCCUAUGCUCCCCACCUCUUCCUGUCCAAGGAUAGGGCAGAAUUACUCCCUAGGGUUGUUCCUUGCCCCGAUUGCUUCCUGACAGCCUGAAAUGUCAGGUCAUUUUUUCUUAAUGCUAAAGAGUCACAAAUCGACUAAGGAUGAGCCAGCCACACCUUCUGCAUCCCUAUGGAAAAUUGCAGGUGGACCAAAGUGGGUAGGAGGCUUGUGGGAAGGCCGUCAGAGGAAUUUUCCAGCCCCAUAUCCCAAGCUACAAACUGCUGAUAGGGAAUGUGAAAACCUUGUCUGUGGAGACCCCGUAUGAAGCAAGCGCUAAGAAACACAUUUACAACCUGAGUGCAUUUGACUGAAAAAGGAAAAAAGAACACUUUAGCACAUUUCUCCACAGAGUGCACACUACUUGUGCACUAUCUGCAACUGAACUUGGGGCUCCAAGUAUGAAAUGAAGUGAUGGUGUGACCUCCUGUCUCUGGAUAUGUAGAGAGGAGGAAGCAUGCCAUUCUUUUUAGUGCCAGUUGUUUGGCUGAUGUUGCUGUCAUGGUUCAACAAUUAGUAGAAUGUGCAGACUAUGAGCUCAAGUGUGUGUGAGUGUUCAGUGAAGCAUUCUGAAUGCGUGUGAUUAGUUUUGAAUUAUUAGGUGAAUAGUGUUGUGGUGAAUUCAGGUUGGUUCCAUAACGGCUGAUGUGACUGUUAAAGUGAGAAUUUCCCAAAAUCUGUGCAUCACUUUAGUCAAAUAAAAACAAAAUUUUGCAGAUGCUAAAAUAAACCAAAAAUAAAAAACAAAGAAUUCUGGAGAAACACAGCAAGUCUUAUCAGCAUCUGUGGAGAGAGAAACAGAGUUAACGUUUUAAGUCUGAUAUGAUUCUUUGAUUACUUUCACCAUUAGAUUCAAAGAUUUCAUGUAAUAUGGGUGCAAAGUAUCAUUUUCUGCCCAACUUGAAUUCUUUGUUUUAUUGUGCUUUAGUAUUUAUCCAGAAAUAAUUUUCUUUUGCCUCGGAGUAAAUGUAUCAUCUUUGCUACCAAGUAUUUUGAUGCAUAAAACUAAUUAGCCUUCUCAAU